UCAUUGACAUACCACCCAAUAUAUCCCUUUUUCCUCCUUUUCCUCUGUUCCCUUCUUGACUACUCAAUUAAACCAUAACAAUCAAUGUACAAUUAGCCAGGUCCAACAAAUUGAAGAACAGCUGAAAAAAAAUGAAACAUGGCUAUAUUGCUUAUGAUUUGGUCAUGGUUGCUCUAUCCAUAUCUCUCAUCGUUCUUGGUGUUAUCCUCUUUCUUGUUUGCAAGAAGAAACCAGUUGAUGAAUCUGAAGAAACUCUUCCUAUUAAGAGUAGCGCCCAGGCAUACUCAUUGAUGGACAUUGAUGCUGCCACAGAUGGCUUCAACCAUAGGAGAAUCAUUGGCAAGGGUCGCUUAGGAACAGUGUAUGCUGGUCUUCAUGAAAAAGGAGAACUUGUAGCUGUGAAAAGAAUUCAUCCAGUGCUUGUCCUGAGCAAUGCGGGAUUCGGGUUCUCAUCGGUGCUAAAAUGGCUAUCUUCAGCUCAACACCCCAACAUAGUUCCUAUAAUAGGAUUCUCAGAAGCACCGGGUGAGAGAAUUAUAGUGAGGGAGCUUGUGAGAAUGGCAAGCUUGGAAUUCUACUUGCAUCAGAAUUUUAAUGGAGCUUCACUUUUGGAUUGGAACAAGAGGAUUAAAAUUGGUGCUGGAGCAGCUAGAGGGCUUCAUUAUUUACAUGAAGUGGCAACACCAAACAUUGUGCAUGGGUGUGUCAAGUCUUCAAAUGUUCUAAUUGAUGCUAAUUUUUGUCCUAGAGUUUCUGGUUUUGGUCUCAACUUUUUGGCACCAAUGGAAAAGAGAGGGCUAGUGGGUUAUGUGGAUGGUGAGUAUUGGAAUGGAAGAGGGGGUGGUGGUGCUAGCAAGGAAAGUGAUGUUUAUGGGUUAGGGGUGGUUUUGUUGGAGUUGUUAAGUGGUAGAGGGUGUGAUGAAGGAUUGUUGGUAAAAUGGGCAUUGCCUUUGAUAAAGGAAAUGAAGUUAUGUGAAGUUUUGGAUCCUAGGUUGGUGAUUCCUUCUGACAUGAAAGCUCUGCUUAGAUUAGCCAAAGUGGCUUCAGCUUGUGUUGGUAACUCAAGGAAGUGCAGGCCUUCCAUGGCUCAAGUUGCAAACAUUUUAAGCAAUUUGGAGAUGGAAGUGUGCCUUUGAGGAAGUGAGUCAUGUCAAUCUUGGAGUCACCUCAUGAUCAAUACUCUAAUUAAGUGCAUGUUUGGAAACCAAAAGCACAUUGAAGCUAAAAUCAUGGUGUAGAGAAACAAUUUUCCUUUGCUUUUGUUUAUGUUGACCAUGAUUUUAACUUCACGCGCGCGGUGAUUUUCAAACAAGUUUUCAAACAUAUGCCUUCAAUCUUUUUACUCAUAUUUUGAUGAUUAAUGAUCACUCUCAUACACUCACUUUUGAGGGGUAAAAAUUGUCAUAAACUGCAUGUAUAAGAGUGUAUGCAUGUAUAAGAGUGUAUGUAUUAAUUGUAUUUGUA